AAAUCAUAUUUUUUUCGGCAAGUGGAGAAAGAAUGCCGCAGGGUUACAGGCAUUAUAAGCGACCGUGUGACUAGACUGAACGAUUUCUUAGAUAUUUACUAGACGUUUGUUUUAACGAUGCAUGUGAUUUAUAUGUUCUUUCAAAGAUGGGGGCUGGAUGCAUUUUUGACACGAUUUUAUAGUCGGCGCACAUUCACCUGCAGUAAUAUCAUGCUUAACAGAGGUUAACGGAUAAGAAAAGCCUUCAGAUAAUAUGCAGAUUGUUCCAGGCACGUAUUCAUCUUAAUCGAUAGAUUUGUGGAUGACGGGAGCGCGCACGGAUGAUAUAAGCAAUCCAGAGUGUCUACCAUGAACCAUGUGCACAAUGGGAGUAUUAGCUCGCUCUUGGGUGACCUAAAGACAAAAUGGGCAACACUCUGAAGCUGUGACCACUUUGCGUCUCCAUGUGUACCAUGAACAGCACUGCCUGGCCUUUGGACCUGGCUGAGUUUGCGAAACCUCGGAGUUUUAACAGCUCCCAGAGCCAGACUGCUUCGGUGAGCGGCUGGGCCUUGAUCCACACAGCAACCCUCGCCUCCUGCUCCCUCCUGUUGGUCCUCAUCUUUUGUCUCGGUUCUUAUGGAAACUUGGUGGUCUUCUUGUCCUUCUUUGACCCAGCGCUCCGCAAAUUCCGCACCAACUUCGACUUCAUGAUCCUCAACCUAUCCUUCUGUGACCUGUUUAUUUGCUGCGUCACCGCACCCAUGUUUGCACUGGUCCUCUUUCUGGACGCUGGAGACACUAGCGGUGGUGUGUCCAAGGGCUUCUGCUUUGCCUUCCACCUCACCAGCUCAGGCUUCAUCAUUAUGUCCCUCGAAACGGUGGCUGUGAUUGCCCUGCAUCGGCUCCGCAUGGUCCUGGGUCAGCAGCCCAAUCGUACGGCUUCGUUCCCAUGUACUCUGGCCCUCACAGCGCUAUUAUGGACCACCAGUUUCACUCUGGCAGCACUGGUCACCUUGAGAGCAUAUCCCAGGAGCUCCGGACCAUGCCUGCCUCACUUUGGUCUUACCGGCAACAAGGCCAAGGUAGUAUUGUACGUAUACAUUGCGGACUUUGCUUUCUGUGUAGGUGUGGUGUCCAUCUCGUACCUUAUGAUUGCUCAGGCGUUGAGGAAGAACGCUCAGGUUCGGAAGUGUCCCAUCAUUACGGUGGAUGCGACACGUCCACCUGCUUCUCAUCCACCACUCAUCGCUGCAGGUUUCGAGGGCAUGCAGUGUACAGUGCAGGUGCCCUCGCUAUACCGCAACCAGACAUACAACAAGCUCCAUCAUGUGCAGACGCACUCCUUCACCAGGAGAACCAACCAGCCCCUCGUGCCAGGGGCUGCUACUGGAGCGACUUGCUGCCAGUUGGUGUCCACAGUGAACCUGGCGACAGCUAAGGAUUCAAAGGCUGUGGUCACAUGCAUAGUGAUCGUCAUCUCGGUGUUGUUGUGCUGUCUACCGCUUGGUAUAUCCUUGGCGCAGGAUAUGGUGUCACCAGAGAGCAGCUUUGUCCACUACCAGUUUGAGCUCUGUGGAUUCGCCCUCAUCUUCCUAAAGUCUGGAAUCAAUCCGUUUGUGUAUUCACGCAACAGCGCCGGUCUGCGCCGCCGUGUGCUCUGCUGCCUCCAGUGGCUGACCUUGGGCUUCCUGUGCUGCAAGCACAAGACACGCCUACACGCUAUGGGCAAAGGAAGCCUGGAAGUCAACCGGAACAAGUCCUCGCACCACGAGACCAACUCUGCAUAUAUGCUCUCGCCGAAGCCUCAGAGGAGGCUGGUGGACCAGGCUUGUGGACCCAGUCACUCCCGGGACAGCAUGCCUAGUCCCUGUGCCACCGCUGGACGCAAGCCCCGACCCCCUAGCACAUCUACGCCCAUCAAUACGCGCAUAGAACCCUACUACAGUAUCUAUAACAGCAGUCCGUCAGCAGGUCCGAGUUCCCCCAACAGCCUGCAGCCGGUCAACUCUCAAACCACGGCUUUUGCCAAAAGCUACGUGGCUAUGCACUACCACACCCACCAGGAGGCGCUGCAGGACUUUGACAGCACCUCGGCUCAUCAGAUUCCCAUCCCUUCAGUCUGAGCCGUGGAACCUCAUGCUAUUGCUCAGCAUCCAAAGGGGAGCAUUUAUAGUGUUUGCUUGUGGUUUGCUAGUGGUGUUUUGCUCAAGAGACAAUAUGCAUCGAGUAUCCAAUAAAAAGAAAACGGGACUAGCUAAUUGUCACUUUGCCCAAGUGUUAUUCACAAUGUUUUCUGGACUGAAGGAUGUUCUAUUUUUACAUUGACAUGGCAUUCUUAUGUACAGUAAUAGUCUUCAUGCAGAUUAUGUAUUUGUGAAACAUCCUACAUUUUAUAUAUGAAGUUAAUAAAUGUUUUGCAAGUGUA